AUAUGUAUAAAACACAAUAUUGAAUCUUCCUAUCAAACUUUAACUAUUCAACUAUUUAGCAGGCAUCAUUCGUCUCUGCAUCGAAAGAUCGAUUGAGGAUGUCAAAGCCUUCGUCACUUCCUCUUCUUCCAUGGCUGCCAACAUUCUUCCUAUUUGCUCACCUCUUUCAUGCUUCUCUAGCUGAUCUUGGAACAGCAAGCCAGUAUAGCCCACCAUACACACCUACUGAAUGUUAUGGAGGUGAUGCAACACAGUUUCCUUCAAGCAACUUCUUUGCAGCAGCAGGGGAAGGGAUUUGGGACAAUGGAGCUGCUUGUGGUAGACAGUAUUUGAUCAGUUGCAUUAACUCAGUAUUACCUAGAGCUUGUAAACAUGGAGAAACAAUUCAGAUCAAGAUCGUUGACCGGGCACAAACUGCACUCUCUAAGCCUACUAAGGAAGGCACAACCAUGGUUCUUUCCAAUGCUGCUCUUGCUGCCAUUGCUGAUCCUAAUGCACCUUCCCUCAAUAUUGAUUUCCGACAGGUCUAGAAAUUAUUGUUGCUGCAGGAUUUGGGAGUCAUAUUCUCAAUAUUUCAAGUAUCGGAAUUUAUCUUUGGCAUUCUAGAACAUGAUUCUUUAAUUAAUGGAUCCGUCAGUUUUUAUUAGUGAUUUGACUAAUUAUUGAUUGAUACGAUUAACUGCUCUUUUUAGAAAAUUAGACACCUCCGGGCUCCGUCUGCAGGCACAUGUCUUUAUCUUAUUUAUUAUCUUGAGACUAAUUGGUUUUUAUUAGUAUUAAAUAAAUAGAUUCUAGAAUACUCAUUUAUGAUAAAUGGUCACUGUCCAUGUAUUCGAUGAAGAGUAUUUUCCGUAGAAGUUGUGCAAAUUUAUAAAUAUGAAAUCAGAUAGU